AUGGACAUCUCUAAGCCGAUCGGGUCUGAGAUUACUUCAGUGGACUUCACUGUUCUAUCUGCUGCAGAUAUCCGUAAGCUCUCUGCUAAACAGAUUACAAAUCCCACUGUACUGGACAAUCUAGGACACCCUAUUUCUUGUGGGUUAUAUGAUCUAUCUCUUGGUGCAUUUUUGAGAAAUGUCUGUGCUACUUGUGGCUUGGACGAAAAAUUUUGUCCAGGUCAUCAAGGUCAUAUCGAACUACCAGUUCCCUGCUAUAAUCCACUGUUUUUCAAUCAGCUGUACAUCUACUUGAGAUCCAGUUGUUUGUACUGCCAUCAUUUCCGUUUAAAAGCUGUUGAAGUUCAUCGUUUCGCUAGCAAAAUGAAGCUUCUACAGUAUGGACUGGUCGAUGAGGCGUAUCAACUGGAUACCAUCACCAUCGGUGGUAUAUCAAAUGGUAUGGAGGACGAUGAAGACGAUGACGAUGAAGAAGCGACAGAAGUGAAUGGCUCGGCAGAACAGGAAGUGUCAGCUAAAAAGGCCUCUAACGGUAUCAAUACAGCUCAUUUAAUCAAAGAGUUGAUCGCUAACCGUAAUCAGUUUGUCAAUACAAAAAUAUCGGACGCUAUUGCUGAAGGAAGAACCACCAAAAAUGGUACUUUUACGGCUAUUACCAAUGACGAAAGGAAAAAGCUGAUACAUGAGUUCCACAAAAAGCUUUUGAGUAGAAACAAAUGUGAUAACUGUGGUAUGUUCUCACCAAAAUUUAGAAAAGAUGGGUUUACCAAAAUUUUCGAGACGGCUUUGACAGAUAAACAGUUGACAAAUAAUCGUGUUAAAGGUUUAAUGCGUCAGGAUAUGAUUAAAAAACAACAACAGACAAAAAUUUUAAGUGAAGAAAAUAACAGUUCCAAUAAAGAUGACAUUGAUGAAGAUUUCAGUAUAGGUAGAAAUCCUUCGGCAAGACCAAAGACGGGCUCAGUUUAUAUCUUAUCCACGGAGGUUAGAAACAUUUUGAGAGCUUUGUUCAAAAAGGAACAGGAAGUCUUACAGUAUGUCUUUCAUUCGAGACCCAAUCUAUCUAGAAUGGCUGUAUCUGCUGAUAUUUUCUUCUUGGAGGUCGUUCUAGUUCCACCAACCCGUUUCCGUUUACCUUCAAAAAUGGGUGAAGAAGUUCAUGAAAAUACUCAGAAUCAACUGCUUUCAAAGAUAUUAACCACAUCCCUUUUAAUCAGAGAUUUGAAUGAUGAGAUGUCGAAAUUGCAGAAGGAUAAAGUAUCAUUGGAAGAUAGAAAAGUUAUUUUUAGCAGAUUGAUGAAUGCCUUUGUCACUAUUCAAAAUGAUGUCAACGCUUUUAUCGACUCCACGAAAGCCCAAGGUAACAGUAAUGCCAAGGUACCAGUACCAGGCAUUAAGCAAGCUUUGGAAAAAAAGGAAGGCCUUUUCAGAAAGCACAUGAUGGGUAAACGUGUUAAUUAUGCCGCUCGUUCCGUUAUCUCCCCUGAUCCCAAUAUUGAAACGAACGAAAUUGGUGUUCCACCUGUUUUCGCUACCAAAUUGACUUAUCGUGAACCUGUUACAGCUUACAACAUUGCCGAGUUACGUCAAGCUGUUUUGAAUGGGCCAGAUAAAUGGCCGGGUGCUACUCAAAUUCAAAAUGAAGAUGGUACUUUAGUUUCUCUAAUAGGUAUGACCUUAGAGCAACGUAAAGCAUUGGCCAACCAAUUGAUGACACCAUCAUCCAAUUCGUCCACACACACACUCAACAAGAAGGUUUAUCGUCACAUAAAGAAUAGAGAUGUCGUUAUAAUGAAUCGUCAGCCAACUUUACAUAAAGCGUCUAUGAUGGGUCAUAAAGUGAGAGUUUUACCUGGAGAAAAAACCUUACGUUUACAUUAUGCCAAUACUGGUGCUUAUAAUGCUGAUUUUGAUGGUGAUGAAAUGAAUAUGCAUUUCCCCCAGAACGAGAAUGCCAGAGCCGAGGCCUUGAACUUAGCGAACACUGAUUCCCAAUACUUGACCCCAACUUCAGGUUCUCCUGUCAGAGGUCUCAUUCAAGAUCAUAUUUCAGCUGGUGUUUGGUUGACAAGCAAAGACAGUUUUUUCACGAAAGAGGAAUAUCAACAGUAUAUUUACGGUUGUAUUCGUCCUGAAGAUGGUCAUGCUAGCAGACCAAAAUUAAUAACCAUGCCACCAACAAUUUUUAAACCUCAGCCUUUAUGGACAGGUAAGCAAAUAAUUUCUACCGUUUUGCUCAAUGUAACGCCACCAGAUAUGCCUGGUAUUAAUCUGAAAUCUACGAAUAAAAUCAAAAAUGAAUAUUGGGGUAAGGGCUCUUCGGAGAAUGAAGUUCUCUUCAGAAAUGGUGAGUUACUGUGCGGCAUAUUGGAUAAGUCUCAAUAUGGGGCCUCUAAAUACGGUAUCGUUCAUUCCCUUCAUGAAGUCUAUGGGCCAGAAAUUGCUGCUAAGGUGCUCUCUGUAUUGGGAAGACUUUUCACCAAUUAUAUUAUGUCCACUGCAUUUACAUGUGGUAUGGAUGAUUUAAGGUUGACUGCAGAAGGCAAUCAAAAAAGAGCGGAUAUUUUGAAGAGAUCUGUUGAUGUUGGUCGUCAAGCUGCUGCUGAAGUUACUAAUUUAGAUAAGGAUACAGCUUCCAAUAGUUCUGAGCUAUUGAAGCGUUUAGAAGAGAUUUUACGUGACGACAACAAAUCUGGUAUUUUAGAUGCUGUUACUUCUUCAAAAGUAAAUUCAGUUACCUCGAAAGUUGUCUCGACCUGUGUCCCAGAUGGUACCAUGAAGAAGUUUCCUUAUAACUCCAUGCAAGCUAUGGCUUUGUCUGGUGCUAAGGGAUCAAAUGUUAAUGUCUCUCAAAUCAUGUGUUUGUUGGGGCAACAAGCAUUGGAAGGUAGAAGAGUGCCUGUUAUGGUCAGCGGAAAAACGUUACCUUCCUUCAAACCUUUUGAAACAGACACAGUGGCUGGUGGUUAUAUCAAAGGUCGUUUUUAUUCUGGUAUUAAACCUCAAGAAUAUUAUUUCCAUUGUAUGGCUGGUCGUGAAGGUUUAAUUGAUACCGCUGUCAAAACAUCAAGAUCUGGUUACUUGCAACGUUGUUUGACAAAGCAACUCGAAGGUGUCCACAUUUCAUACGACAACACAGUUAGAGACGCUGACGGUACUUUGGUUCAAUUUUUGUAUGGGGGUGAUGCUAUUGAUGUCACAAAGGAAUCACAUAUGACGCAGUUUGAUUUCUGUUUGGACAAUUAUGAUGCUCUUUUGAAAAAGUACAAUCCAUCCGCGCUUAUUGAACACUUGGACGUGGAAGCUGCUUUGAAAUAUUCGAAAAAAGCUUUAAAAAACAGAAAGAGACAUGAAAAUGACCCACAUUAUAAACAGUCAUUAAAAUAUGAUCCUGUCUUGGCAAAAUAUAGCCCAUCUAAGCAUCUAGGAUCUGUUUCAGAAAACUUCCAGGAUAAGCUGGAGAGUUUCCUGGAGUCAAAUGCAAAAGCUCUGAAGAGCCACAAAAAUGUAAAUGAGAAGAAAUUCAGAGCAUUGAUGCAACUAAAAUAUAUGCGUUCUUUGAUUGAUCCUGGAGAAUCUGUAGGUAUCAUCGCAUCUCAAUCCGUUGGGGAACCAUCCACCCAAAUGACUUUAAACACUUUCCAUUUCGCAGGUCACGGUGCCGCUAACGUUACUUUGGGUAUACCCCGUAUGAGAGAAAUUAUUAUGACAGCAUCUGCCGCAAUUAAGACUCCUCAAAUGACGCUUCCUAUUUGGGAUGAUGUUUCCGAUGAGCAAGCAGACACCUUUUGUAAAUCCAUCUCCAAGGUUAUCUUAUCAGAAGUUGUUGAUAAAGUGGUUGUCACUGAAACUACGGGUUCAUCGGACAAUGAUUCAUCUGCACGUUCAUAUAUAAUUCGCAUGAAUUUCUUCAGUCAACAAGAAUACAAUGAGGAAUAUGAUGUUUCUAAGGAAGAACUUCAGAACGUCGUAUCCAACAACUUUUUAUUUGCACUUGAAUCAGCAAUCGUGAAAGAAAUCAAAAAGCAGAAAAAGACUACAUUACCAGAUGUUGGUAUCGCCGUGUCCAAAAUAGAAAACACUGACGGUGAGGCUGCCCGUAUUUCUGAAGAUGGUACUGAAGGGGAGGAGGCAAUAAAAAAAAAUAAGCAAGCAGUAUCUUACGAAGAGCCUGAUGAAGAUGAAAUUGAAACCAUGAGGCAAGCUGAGAAAUCUUCAGAUGAAGAAGAUCUUGACUCUGAUAAGGAAUCUGAUGAUUCCAACUCAGACUCCGAUAUUGAUAUGGACGAAGAUAAAACAGCUGAUUUGAACAGAAAUAUGAAUAAGAUCCAACGUGAUCGUCAAACCGCCGUCAUAUCAAGUCAUAAAUUUGUAACGAAAUAUAACUUUGAUGAUGAGAGUGGUGAAUGGUGUGAGUUUAGACUUGAAUUGGCCGCCGAAACUGAAAAGCUUCUGAUGGUAAACAUUGUGGAGGAUAUUUGUCGCAAAUCUGUCAUAAGACAAGUUUCUCAUAUUGAUAGAUGUGUACAUUCUGAACCUAUCAACAGUAAACGCGUUUUGGUCACUGAGGGUGUUAAUUUUGAAGCUAUGUGGGACCAAGAAGCUUUCAUUGAUGUUGAUGGUAUCACCUCAAAUGAUGUGGCAUCUGUUCUGAAGACAUACGGUGUCGAAGCUGCAAGGAAUACUAUAGUUAAUGAAAUCAAUAAUGUCUUUUCACGUUAUGCCAUUUCAGUUUCUUUCCGUCAUUUAGACCUAAUUGCAGACUUAAUGACCAGGCAAGGUACUUAUCUGGCAUUCAAUAGACAAGGUAUGGAAACAUCCACAUCAUCUCUCAUGAAAAUGUCUUACGAAACUACGUGUCAGUUUUUGACUAAAGCUGUUCUUGAUAAUGAACGGGAGGAACUCGAGAGCCCCUCAGCUAGACUAGUUUUGGGUAAAUUGAGUAACGUCGGAACCGGUUCAUUUGACAUAUUGAAUAAGGUUCCUAAUGCAUUUUAG